AUGACAGCACCGACUACUACGAAUGGCUCAACGCAAGAUAUCCCUUCGGCGGGGAGUCUAAAGUCUCCGGUUAACCUUCAGAGACGACUUUCAAUUACCUCGCUCGACGAGGUCUCUCUGAUAGACGACCUACCACCGUCCAAAGUCUCAACCCCACCGGCUGAAGCUACACCUCCUUCUCCUCCCCCUCCUCCCCCGCAUACCCCAUCGUUGGUGGAGUCAAUCACAAACAGAUUUUCGCGGUCGUCGGGAAGUUCCUCGGGCUCCGCGGUUCCUGCAGCUGCGAAAGUCAAUCCGCCUGCACCGCCAGCAACGGCACCGCCCCAGUCAAGAGCUAGAGGUCUCUCGUCUGCCUUUCUGUCGUCUUCUAACUUGCCUACACAAUCCACGUCCGCACAACCCACACCACCGCCGGUCAAACGAUCUCCGUUCAGCUGGCUACGCUCUAAUUCCACUACUGCCACACCUCCCCCAGCGCCUGUAGCAGGCUCAAGACGAGGAACGUCUUCGUCUAUGACCUCGGUCGGAUUGGCAGCACUUGGCGCGGAUAACGAACUACUGAUUAAUCGCUUGGGUAACAACCGGGACCCCGAGAAAGAGAAGGAGGAGCACCUGCGCGGAAUGGAGAACCUGCGGGAGAACUUCAAGAAACUCAGGGAGGCACGGUCCCAAAGUGUGGGCUCUGCCAGUGCACCAUCGGCGGUUACAAGAGGUUCGAUAUCAUCUAUCGCGUCAGCUUUCAGAACGAAACUCAUCGUUGGCGCAGCAGUAGCAGAGGAACCGGUACCAGCGACGCAGACUCCCGGCUCCCCCGAACGCGCCCCGUCUGCCGCCGCAUCAACAAAAUCCGAAGAUGACAUUGACUGGGACUUGUGGCAGGCUGUGGUGGACGAUGCGUACAAGGUUGCUGCGGAGAAACCCACGGAGCUUAACCGGGCAAUUCAGGCCGGAAUCCCGCCUACCCUCCGCGGCACCAUUUGGCAGAGCCUGGCAGCCAGCAAGUCACUGGAGUUGGAGGCUAUCUACCGUGAGGUGAUCGUGCUUCCGGCAAUCGCCACAGCUGAAGACGCGCGUCCAAUUUUUGGCAGCCACUGGCUCUGGGAUCCCUCUCCUACUUCCAGCCAAGCUUCUUCUCCUAAGAUGGGCUCCCGCACAAGCCCCCGGAUAGAGCCCAAAGGAACUGCAGCCAGCACCAUGAAGUGGGGAAACACAAUUGCUCAGCUGGAGAAGGUGAUUAAGCGUGACCUCGGUGAUCGCACUAGCUUCGGAAAGUACAAGGUCGACCAAAAGGCACUUUUGAACGUAUGCAAGGCGUAUGCACUGUUUGACCCUGCAGUCGGUUACACACAGGGGAUGACAUUCAUCGCCACCGUCUUGCUGCUGAAUAUGUCCGAAGAGGAAGCCUUUUGUGUAUUUGUCAAGCUCAUGAACAAGUACAAGCUGCGCACCAUGUUCCAGGAGAAGAUGAGGGGUCUCGAGUUAAGACUGUACCAAUACGACCGCAUCCUCGAAGACUACGAGCCGCGGCUGGCGAUUCACCUCAAGCGUCAAAAUAUCGAGUCCUCCCUCUACGCCGCACAAUGGUUUCUCACGCUCUUUACGUACAAGUUCCCGCUACAGCUGGUUCUCCGCGUGUUUGAUCUCCUGUUCAGCGAGGGCCUCGAAGGUCCUAUCCUCAAGUUCGGUAUUUGCCUGAUGAAGCAGAACGCCGAAAAGCUUCUCACGUUGGAAUUCGAUACCCUGGGACCAUUCCUCAAGGAGAAGCUGUUUGACGUGUACAUUGACACUAUGCCGUCGCCCCACAGCCUACUAGAAGCCGGAUUCUUCGGCAAUGGCGGCGAAAAGGAAGUUUACCGUGCCAACGACAUGAUCUGCGAUGCGAUCGAGAUUAAGAUCUCGUCCGAGAUGCUCGAGCGCUACGAGAACGAGUGGGAGGACGAGCAACGCACCAAGCGCGAGACCGAACAAGAGCUUGAGACUCUUCGCCGAGGCAACGCCAGUCUCCAAGCGAAGGUCAAGAAGCUCGAGGAGUUGAACGAGGAGCUCAACCGUGAGUAUGUCAACAUCGCCAGCUCUGAGGUUGGCCUCAAGGUGCAGAACGAUCAGCUGGCGGAUGAGAAUGAGGUGCUCAGAGCGAAGGUAGACGGCCUUCGGGAUAUGGUGGAUAAGCAGCCGCAGGAGGUCGAGGAUCGUCUCAAGGGCGAGAUGGAGGCCCUCAUGCAGAAGAACCUUUCUGUGCAUCACCAGAACCAGACGUUGGAGGAGAACAUGAUGGAGAUGGAGAAGGAGCUGGUCAGCACCAAGAUGCAGCUUGCGACUGUAAACGAGGAUUACGAUCUACUCAAGAACCGAUGGCACGAUCUCAGAAAGGCUCUCGGCGACUGA